GACCUUGGCUCCAUCUCCACCACUGUCCCCAAAUCCAUGGCCAAUUCCCUGAGCAACACCAGGGCCAUUUCUUACUCAGGAUGUGCUGCCCAGAUCUUCCUUGUUUUCUUCUUCUUUGGAGGAGAGUAUUCUCUCCUCACAGUCAUGGCGUAUGACCGCUUUGUUGCCAUCUGCAGACCCCUGCACUAUGGGACCAUCAUGGGCAGCAGAGCUUGUGUCCAAAUGGCAGCAGCUGCCUGGGCCAGUGGUUUUCUCCAUGCUCUCCUGCACACUGGGAACACAUUUUCAAUACCACUCUGCCAAGGCAACACAGUGGACCAGUUCUUCUGUGAAAUCCCCCAGAUCCUCAAGCUCUCCUGCUCAGAUGUCUACCUUAGGGAAGUGGGGAUUCUUGUGGUUACUGCGUGUUUAUUCUUUGGGUGUUUCGUUUUCAUUGUGCUGUCCUACGUGCAGAUCUUCACUGCUGUGCUGAGGAUCCCCUCUGAGCAGGGCCAGCACAAAGCCUUUUCCAUGUGCCUCCCGCACCUGGCCGUGGUCUCCCUGUUUCUCAGCACUGGCAUGUUUGCCUACCUGAAGCCCCCCUCCCUCUCCUCUCCAUCUGUGGAUCUGGUGGUGGCUGUUCUGUACUCGGUGGUGCCUCCAACAAUCCCCAAAGCCCAGUGA